AUGGCUUAUUUCAGUUCAACGCAGGACUUUGUUGCACUUUCAGAUCUGCAUCCAAAUCUUGCUCGUCCUAAUGUAAUCGGUGUGGUUAUUGGCAAAACAGAUGUCAGAGGCUUUCCAGACAGAAAAAACAUUGGAUCUGAAAGAUACACCUUCAGUUUUACUAUUCGUGAUUCACCAACUUAUUUUAUAAAUGUAAAUUCUUGGGGCAGAGAAGAAUAUAUUAGAUCCCUUUCAGAAAGUUUCAGAGUUGGUGACUGUGUUGCAAUUGAAAAUCCUUUAGUUCAGACAAAGGAAGCAGAAAGGGAAGAAAAGUUCAACCCUGUAACUCCUAGUUGCUACAAACUAUUGAUCAGUGAAAAUCACUCCAUGGUCAAAACUUGUUCUGCCUAUGAAAUGGACACCAAGCUGCUUUCUCUGUUGCAUCUGCCUGUCAAGGACCCUCAGGAUUAUUAUUCCCUGGGCGACAUCGUUGCAAAUGGACAAAGCCUCAAUGGAAGGAUUCUUAAUGUACUUGCAGCCGUAAUGUCAGUUGGGGAGCCAAAGUAUUUUGUCACUCCAGACAAACGAAAAGGUCAGAGGUGUGAAGUAAAGCUGUUUGAUGAAACAGAGAUGUCUUUUCCAAUAGUAUGUUGGGAUAAUGAAUCUAUCCAGCUUGCACAAAGUUGGAUCCCGCAAGAAACAGUAAUAUUUGCAUCGGAUGUGAGAAUAAAUUUUGACAAAUUUAGGAACUGUAUGACUGCCACUGUGAUAUCAAAAACCAUUAUUACAACUAAUCCAGACACAGCAGAAGCAAGUAUGCUCUUCAGCUUCCUAAAAGAGAGUGCACAAUCAGGAGCUUUGCACAAUAAAAUGGAGGAGCAAUCAAAAGAAUUCCCCAACUUGGAGAGUAUAGUUGAUGUUUAUACUGUGGAAGAGCUGAAAGCAAAAGCUUUACAAAAUGAUGGGAAACUUGCGCCCAUCUAUGGCAUUAUUUAUGGCUGCAUUUCUACACUGGACAUUGAUAAUGAUGCAUCUAAAAUUAUUCGCAAAAGAUGCUCAGCAUGCCGUUGUGCGGUGAACGAAGCGACAAACACGUGUGCGUUCUGUGGUGGCCUCUCUGCAGACCCCAAGGCAACUUUCACGAGCUUCGACAUCCUCGUCGACGUGUCCGACCACUCGGGCACUCAUUCCUCCUGUUACCUGUCCGACUGUGUCGCUGAGGAGGCGCUGGGCUGCACGGUCCAUGACUUCCUAACUCUAACAGAAGACAAGAAGACUGCACUGAAAUGGCACCUUCUUUUGGAACGAAGCAAGAUUUAUUUUAAACUUAUUUUGUCACCCGGUUGGAGAACAGGACUGAAAGUGAAUGUACUGUCAUGCAAACUGGCAGACCCUGCAGAGGCAAGUCAGAGCUUGUUGCAAAAGGGAAAAAGAUUACACUACAUGGCUUCUUAA